AUGGACUUGUGGACCCCAUGUAAACCAUCUCUGGAAUUUAACUUGAAGCAUGACCUUCGAGAAGUCUGGCUGAAUUAUCCUCUCCACCCACUCCAGCUACAAGAGCCAAAUACUGAUCGACAGCUUAUUGAAACUUCCCCAGUUCUACAGAAACUUACUGAGUUUGAAGAAGCAAUUGGAGUGAUUUUUACUCAUGUUCGACUUUUGGCAAGAGCAUUCACAUUGAGAACUGUGGGAUUUAACCAUCUGACCCUAGGUCACAAUCAGAGGAUGGAAUUUCUCGGUGACUCCAUAAUGCAGCUAGUAGCCACAGAGUACUUAUUCAUUCAUUUCCCAGAUCAUCAUGAAGGACACUUAACUGUGAGUUUAUGUUCAGUUAUUCUCUCCAAUAAGAUUGCUGAGUAACAGAGUAAAGAUUAGAUGGGCCUAACAUAUAUUUAUGUAACUGGUGACUUAGUUCUUGGUGACUGUCAUAGUCAGCUUUUCAUCACUAUGACAAAA